CUGUAAUUUUUCGGGAGAGCGCAGCAGCGCGCGCUGUUUUUUCGGUUACCAUUAAAAAAUAUUAUUAAAGAAACAUCGUUAUAACUUUAAUGCCAACGGAGUUGCGGCAAUUGAAACUGAUUUUUUAAGCAAACGAACAAUAAAUUCGACGUGGAGUGUGCUUCUGCUCGCCUACAUGAAGUAAUAGCGAUGUAUAUUAUGAUUUAGUAAAUAUAAAUCGAUUUAAUUAAUAUUUAAACUUGUUGUUUUCCGCGAGUGGGCGCGUUUUGUUACCAAGCCGCUAUACGAUUUUCGUUUUUCCGACUUUCCUGCGCGCCGAACGGGUUUUUCAACGAAGCCUUGCUGUCUUUUUCCUCGUAAGCAGCAAAAACAAGGCUGAAAAACUAAAUUAAAGCGACUCGCUUCAGCUGCAGAUUAAUCGAUGUGCGGCUAUAGACUUUUAAUUCGCAGAUUCAUCAUCGAUUUUUCCUUUGGGCUCAGCUGCAGUGCGCUAGUGUACGUGUAUGUGCGUGUGUGUGAGUUGGUCCUGACAAUACAAAUAAGCCGUUGUGUUAGGUAAACGGAACAACAAAAGGAAGUGAACCAGAGAGAGAAAGAGAGAGAGGAAACGGCAGGACGAUACCGAGUCCUUGAGCGAUCAUUCAUGCUCUUCUUCUUCUCCAGCUGCAGCUGUCACGAAAUUUCGCGCGUGCACGUGUAUGUGUGUGUGUGGGAGACAGGGAGAACGCCGAAGUUAGUAAUUUCUCUCCACUUCUCAGUGUUUGUGCAUUCAAUUUGCACAAAAUUGAAGCGACGCGCUAAAUUCGCAAAUUUCCGUCCGCGAAUUGCCAUCCAUUAUUUUGCACUCCCCCCCAAGAGAGCGAGAGCAAUAAUAGAAUUAUCAGGCAAAGCAAAAAAAAAAAUCAAAACUCAAGCGAAAAGAGAAUGCCCUGGGAGGCCGUAAUACCAAUACCGCGACCCUCUGACAUUUCCAUCGUCGCCCACCAAAGGAACAACAACUGAGCGACAAAGACAGCAACAAUCCGACAAACAAACAAACAAAACAGCAAACGAGCGAAUCAACGAACGAAACUCCAGCAGCAGCCUCAACCUCCUCAACCGCUGGCACAGUUUUCCUCCUUCAACUCCAGCUCCGUGGGCGACUAGUGGUCGGCCAUGUCCGCCACUCUCUUUGAGAUGGAUUCGCAAACGGAGGAACAGCAGCAAACAGUGUGCCUGGAGGAGCAGCAGCUGGUCGUGGGCAUGACCAGCUUGGAGCUGAGCGAAUCUGUUGUCACCCCGGGCAAUUGCGAUGGCAGCGACAGUGGUUUGGAUGUAGCCAGUUGUUGCCAUUCGCGGAUCACCCUGCAACGUGGCCUGAGCAGCACCAGUGGGGGCUACACCAGUAGCAAUGGUCUGGAGGAGAUCUACGACAGCUGCGAACUGAAGGUGACCACGGUAGCCCAGACUCCCAGUGAAACGGGCAGUGAGAAGACAUCGCCUCCGAGGAGAACCGGUUCGGUGAAGAAGAAAGUGGCCAUGUUUGAGCCGGAGCCAACGGGAACUCCUGCCAAGGAUCAAUUACGAGGCAGGGUGGCCAACUUAAAGAGAGCUGAGAGUCUGCCUAGAAAUAGUGCGGCACCAGGAACUCCUGGCACACCCUCAACUCACAGGGACAAGGCGCGCCUUUCGACGUCCUCAUUUCGAGUGCCCAGUACAACGGGCACACCCUCUUCCUCCCGCCUGGCUAGACCUCAAAAACCGGACACACUGCCCAAUGCCCUGAAUAGGGCGCAGUCUGUACAACGGCUCACCCAGGUGCAGAGAACACCAUCGCUGAGUCGAGCCAGGACACCGGGCACCCCCUCCGACGAUGGUCGCUGGCCAGCGAAUCGAGGAGCAGCUCGUCGCGGAAUGUCAGUGACUCCGGAAGUUACGACAAAUCGAAUGCGAGGAAGCCCUGCACCCGGCGGAACACUGCCACGUCGCCGGAAGCAGCAGUCCGUGGAGGAUCUCACUGGGGGACGACUAUCGAGGAGCAACUCUAUCAGCCGUGCAGCAAUUGUAGAUGCCCGCAUGACUUCCUCGGUAAUGGUGGUUCCUACGAGUCGUAGAAGCUUGGCUCCCGCCGCAGCUAAGGUCAAUUCCCUAAGAAGACCUCAACCGGCAACGCCCAGGACGCGAAUCUAUCACGAGACUGCAGUGCAAACGGCACUGACCAGUGAGGAUUUGGAGCAAGUCCUGGGCGGCGGACUAUUGCAAACUCGUGCCGUGGACGCCGUAGAGCAGCGGAAUCAAAGCACCCAAGCGGAGCCAGACCAAAGGGAAUUCGAGUUGGAGCAACUGCGUCAUGAGGUGCGCCAACUCAGUGGAAAACUGCAGCGGGAGCGGGAGGAGAAACUGGCCAUGCAGCAGGAGCUGCAUCUGAACACAGAGCGAGUGAUGGGUAUGUUGGAGCUGGCUCGAGUGGUCAGUGCCAGUGCGGGAACACCCACGUCGGAGGACAGUGGUGAUGGCAGUGGUCAUGACAGUCUACUCAUGCUGGAGUCCCAGAUCCAAAUCAGUGGCCAUGAGCUUUUCGAGCGCCAGCAGGAGAUAGGUCAGCUAAGGUCCAUGUGUCGCGCUCUGCAGUUGGAGAUGCGAAGAUCCUUGGCCACGCAACAGUUGCUGCUCCAAGAGAAGGCCGCCAUCGAACAGGAAUCAAGUGAACUGCAGGACUUCCUGCAGCACGAGAAGGCAGCUCAGUGCGAUGCUCUGCGUGAUCUGGAAGCGGAUUAUCAAGCCGUCAAAUUGCAGUUGGCCAAUCGCGAGGAGGAGGCGAAGGUACUGCGGGAUGAGUGCAGGCAUCUUGUGCGACUCAAUGAGCAGAGGCGCCAGGAGAACCGUCUGCUCCAGACCAAGUUUACCGCUUUGGAGAACAAAUCUCGGGAGCUCAUCCACCAGCAGAAUGCCUCUGUAGCUGGAGCAUCCACAGCCCUUUCGGGACUACACUCCCGUUUGGAUGGUCUAGUGGAACAGCUCGUCUACUCCUACAGUAUUUCCGAACAGGACUUGGAGGACAUUCGUUUCCAAGCAGAAACGGAGCACGUUCAGAACGGACAAAGGCCCAAUGGCCUGGACCUGCCCAUUUGUCCUGCAGCUAGUGGCGAUGCCAUUCACACUCUGGUCCUGGCCAGCGAUGGUUCCUUAUCCCCGCAACGCAAUCAGUCCUUCAUAGCCGCUGUCAUCGGUGCCAUUCGUCAAGCCACCACCCAUUCCGGCAAGCGCUUGUCCCUUCGACAGGCGGGAAAAAAGAAUGGAGUGGGAUUAGGAUCAGCUCAAGCGGUUUCCGCCGGAACUCAGGGUCAGGAGCCUCAGGGAAAUGGAGACGAUUCCGAUUCAACGGAAAUGCUGGACUCGGAGACGGAACCCUGCCUGCUGAUGAUGGACAAUGUGUUGGAGGAUGUGGUACACCAUGAUUCGCAUUCGCACAACAUGGUCUCAUCCUGCACGGGGAUGAUCUCGCAAAUAGAGCUGCCCACGGAAUUGAUUAGUCAAUGUAGCCAUCAGAACAAUAUUAAUGGGGGAGCCGGUGGGGAUGAUUCCCUGCAGCAAUUAUCCCAGGCCAUCACCAAUCGCCAGCAAAUGGAGCUGCACAUGCACAAGAUGAAUGGCAUGCCCAUGAAUCCUCGCGAUCAAUGCAACACGGAGGAGCUGAGUUGCCAUGACUCGCUGGCGGAACUGACGGAAUUGCCCUCGCUAAUGGAGUACAGCACCGCCCAGGCUGUGGUGGACCAGGUGAUCGAAGUGGACACCCUGGUGACCAAAUUGCUCAAAGUCCUGCGAUUGGUUCAGCUGGACAACGACAACUGCAUACAACAAUUGAUAGUUGAUAAGAACAAACUGCAGCAGCACAAGGAGGACAUGCUGGAGAAACUAAAAGACUUGGAGGACGUUAACCUGAAGCUGCAGGACGAACUCAUGGAUGCCACCCAGGAGCUGAUGAUCAAGGGCAGCGACUUAAGUGGCGCCAAGGCCGAAAUGCAGCGCCAUCGCAACGAGAUCGACUCCCAAAUCAAGUUUAAAAGUGCACUAUUUCGUUUAAAAUGAGAACCCAAACUAAUUGCCAUGUAACCACCACGCUGCUGCUUCUUCACAACUGCAUAUCAUCCAAUAAUCCUGACCAGCGCCUCAACGAGGACAUCUGCACACUGAGCACACUCUGCAGCAGCUACAAGAAGCUGUCGCCCACCACCGAGUUCCCGCCCAUGCGCCUGCUCUCUCCCAACCAGGAUUCCGACCAGGGCGAUGUCCUCGGUAUUCUAAAUCUGCUCAAAAUGUGGCAGGCGGGUGGGCAGCUGAAGGACCCACGGGUGCGUGGAUAUCUCGAAAUAGCCAAUGGUACUCAGGUCCAAUCUCCUCAUCAGCAUAACAACAAUGUGGAACGCCUUAGGAUCUAUGCCAAUCAAUUGGAGCACGUCUCCCGCGUCCUUGACAAUGCGUUGCCGACGGAGUUGCAUGCUCCGCUCCAGCAACUGCGUCAGGACAUUGAGGUGGUCAGGACGAAUGCCAACUGGACGCAGCUACUCGAAUCGAACGAAACGGAUCACAAUGCCAACGGCGAUGUGGCCACGCCUUGAAUUGUGUCAAAAACUGUUGUUAAUUGUCUAGUUAACUAUUACAUCUUGAGCGUUGUUUACUUUUACGUAGUUAGUUAAAAAUGUUUGCGUCCAAUUUGAAAGGCAUCGAUUGCGGCUCUAGAUGUUUUAACCACGUCCAAAAGAAAGAAUAUUUUAAAGAACGCAUUCCAUUCCAUACUGCAACUAGACUUAUGAAAGCCGCUGCACACAAGUGCUCUAGAAUUCCAUUUGAGUUGGUUUUGCAUUUAGCUAAUAUAGCAUACCCUGCAGCAUUUAGACUUUCAAUGCUGCAUACUUUUCGUCUGAAAAUCUAUUUCUCAAGCCCUGCAGUAAUGGGCUACCAAGUAUUCGGAUUCAAGUAUUAUGAAAAUUGCUAGAACUAAAUUUUUUCCUAGAGUUAAGUUCGACUUUGUUGAGUAGCACUUCAAACUAAAGAACUCCAUCAUGCCACACCAUUUAAGAUAAUAUAGCGCAACAGAUUAAGAAUAAGUUUAGCUUGAUAUUGAAAGCGAACAAUUGCUUAUGUGAAAUUGCCUCAAAUAUCCUUUGAGAUAUGGCACACCUCAAACCGAUGAAUUCCUUGCCGCAUUGCCAAAAUUAUGAUUGCAGCUACAAUUCGCCAUUCAGUCAUUAGUUGGAGAUUAAAAACGGGUUUGUUAAAGCCAAACCUCGCGCACUGAAAAUAACUGAAGCAUUCGAUUGCGAAAGCAAGCUGUUUGUUUAAUACACGUACAAUAAAUAAGCAUAAACUAAAUACAUAUGUAUAAAAAUCAACUAUAAAUGAU